UCCACUUUUCCUCUACCUCUACCGAUAUAGAAACCUCACUUUUUCUUCUUCAUUUUCUUUCCAUCUUCCAUUCUCUUUCCCCUUCAACAAGGUCUAUGCACUUCAGCCCUCGUCUCCGAUCAGAUCUCACCGUGGGUAACUGGAGUUUCGUAUCGCUGGGAAGAAAGAAAACAUGGGUCGUGGAAAGAUCGAGAUCAAGAGGAUUGAGAACGCUACUAACAGGCAGGUCACCUACUCCAAGCGAAGAAAUGGUAUUUUCAAGAAAGCACAAGAACUCACUGUUCUUUGUGAUGCUAAGGUUUCUCUUAUCAUGUUCUCUAACACUGGAAAAUUCCAUGAGUUCAUUAGCCCCACCACAACGACGAAGAAGGUGUUUGAUCAAUAUCAGGAGACGUUAGGGAUAGAUCUGUGGAAGACGCAUUAUGAGAGAAUGCAAGAGCACCUAAGAAAGCUGAGAGAGAUCAACAAUAAGCUGAGAAGAGACAUCAGGCAGAGGAUGGGUGAGGAUUUAGAUGAUCUGAGCAUGGAUGAGCUGUUCGUUCUUGAGCAAAGGAUGGAUUCUGCAUUGGAGCUAAUACGUGACAGGAAGUACCAUGUGAUCAAAACACAGACAGAAACCUGCAAGAAGAAGGUAAAAAAUUUGGAGGAAAGACAUGGAGACCUCCUGCUAGAAUAUGAGGCAAAAUAUGAGGAUCCACAAUAUGGGUUAGUGGAGAAUGAAGGAGAUUAUGAGUCUGCAAUUGCACUUGCUAAUGGGGCAUCUAACCUCUAUGCUUUCCGCCUGCACCACGGCCAUCCGCCGACUAACUUCCACCAUGGAGGAGGCUUUGGAUCUCAUGAUCUCCGCCUCGCUUAAAUGGUUGUAGGAGCCAUUCAAUUAAUUUCUCGUCAUAAACAUCUGCUUAAUCUAAAUCUAAACAUGUCCUAAGAAACGCAACCUCUGAUUGAAUAACAUCUUAGCGUUCAAGAUU